CUCUAGAACGCCCCUGUAAGAUGGCGAGAAGGGCAGGAGCGAGUGGGGUCAAUCGAUAGCGCAGCGCUCGGCGCGAUACCCUUUGUGCAUGCGCAGUGAAGCGAUCGAUCGGGCAGGAUUCGCGUCUCCAUUUUUCUAGGAGAGAGCAGGAGACCGAGAGAGCGGGACGAGCCGGUAUGGGGGAGCCCGGGCUGGCAGGGAAAUUAUCUUCCUCUUCUCCAAGAUGUACAGAACCAAAGUGGGCUUGAAGGAUCGCCAGCAGCUCUACAAGCUGAUCAUUAGCCAGCUGCUCUAUGACGGCUACAUCAGCAUUGCUAAUGGCCUCAUCAAUGAAAUCAAGCCUCAGUCUGUCUGUGCACCCUCGGAGCAGCUCCUGCACCUCAUCAAACUAGGAAUGGAAAACGAUGAUACUGCAGUUCAGUAUGCAAUUGGUCGGUCAGAUACAGUUGCCCCUGGCACAGGAAUUGACCUGGAGUUUGAUGCAGAUGUCCAGACUAUGUCCCCAGAGGCUUCAGAGUAUGAAACAUGCUAUGUCACAUCCCAUAAAGGACCAUGUCGUGUAGCUACCUAUAGUAGAGAUGGGCAGUUAAUAGCUACUGGAUCUGCUGACGCUUCCAUAAAAAUACUUGACACAGAAAGAAUGUUGGCCAAAAGUGCCAUGCCAAUAGAGGUCAUGAUGAACGAGACUGCACAGCAGAACAUGGAAAACCACCCAGUGAUUCGAACUCUUUACGACCACGUGGAUGAAGUCACGUGUCUUGCUUUCCACCCAACAGAACAGAUCCUUGCCUCUGGUUCAAGGGAUUAUACUCUUAAGUUAUUUGAUUAUUCCAAACCAUCUGCAAAAAGAGCCUUCAAAUACAUUCAGGAGGCCGAAAUGUUACGCUCCAUCUCUUUUCAUCCUUCUGGAGACUUUAUACUUGUUGGAACUCAGCAUCCUACUCUUCGACUUUAUGAUAUCAACACAUUUCAGUGCUUUGUCUCUUGCAAUCCUCAAGAUCAACACACUGAUGCCAUAUGUUCCGUUAAUUACAAUCCUAGUGCCAAUAUGUAUGUGACUGGCAGCAAGGACGGCUGCAUCAAAUUGUGGGAUGGUGUUUCAAAUCGAUGCAUCACAACUUUUGAGAAAGCCCACGACGGUGCUGAAGUUUGUUCUGCCAUUUUUUCCAAAAAUUCAAAAUACAUUCUGUCAAGUGGAAAAGACUCUGUAGCUAAACUUUGGGAAAUAUCAACAGGACGAACCCUGGUCAGAUACACAGGCGCUGGCUUGAGCGGACGGCAGGUGCACCGGACGCAGGCCGUCUUCAACCACACGGAGGACUACGUGCUGCUGCCCGACGAGAGGACCAUCAGCCUCUGCUGCUGGGACUCAAGGACGGCCGAGCGCCGGAACCUGCUCUCACUGGGCCACAACAACAUCGUGCGCUGUAUCGUGCACUCGCCCACCAACCCCGGCUUCAUGACCUGCAGCGACGACUUCAGGGCACGGUUUUGGUACCGGAGGUCAACCACGGACUAGAGCCGCCGCCGGCGUUCAAUAGGGUUCUUUCCUCGAGGACUCUGCCCCUCCUUCCCCUUGUGUCCCGUCACCAGCUUCAGUAGUAAGUCAUUGUACCAUGUUUGGCAGUUGUGCUGCUACCUCUGCGUCCUUCUGGGAUUUGUAUGAAAGAAUCUUUUUUUACCUUGAUGGAGAAUCAUGGUGGAAAAAGUUGGAAUCACAGAUCUGUGCGGUUGUUCUGCAGUCACUGAUUAUUACAGUGUGAUUUUCAUCGGUUUUGUAAAUACAGGACUUGCUCUUUCCCUUGAUCAUUUGAAGAAGGAUAGAGUAUUCAAGUGCUUUCUAGAUCUCAAGUGGAUCUGUCAUGAGGAAUGUUUCAUUUGGAUAUUUUGUCAACUUUUGUGCCUGUUUUACAUCCCCUUUGUACGUUUCCUUUCAAAAUACAUUUUGGCAGAUAUGGGGGCAUAUGGCUCUGAGAAUCAAGAGUUUUAUGCCAUAUUAAAACCAUUUUAGAAAA